AUGAUGGCCCAACCCUUUCCCCACCAUGCCGGCAUCGCUCCUGGUCAUCCUGGAAUGCCUGCAGCUCAUCCCAUGGGCAUGCAGCAUCCUGGCGCCGCUCACAUGGGAGGUCAGCCUGGGCCGGGUAUGAUGCAGGCCAUGCAUCCAGGAGUGUCUGCGCCUCAGGUCACUCAAGGUCCGAUGGUGACCGGUAUGCCUCCCGGUGCUGGGACUCCCGCGCCCGGUCCCAUGCAUAAUGGCAUGGCCAUGGCGCAUCUUGGCCCGCAACAAGCCAUGUUUCAGCAGAACCAUCCGCAGAUGAACUAUGGUCAGGGCAUGAUCACGCCACAGCAACAACAAUUCAUGGCGCGCCAGCGCAUGAUGCAACAGAUGGCCCAAGGGCAAGGGAUGCCGAUGGGUAUGCCCAACGCACAGGGCUUUAAUCAGGCACAGUUGCAACAGAUGAAGAUGGGUAUGGGCAUGCAUCCGCAGAUGCCAAUGAAUCCGAACCACCCCCAAAUGCAGAGCCUACAACACCAACACAACCAACAGCAAGCGCUCAGAGCGCAGCAAGCUCAGGCCCACGCGCAACAACACGCGAUUCAGAUGGCGGCCGCAGCUCAGAAUCAGCGCGCGGCUGCGCAGCAAAUGCAAAUGACACGCUCACAGGAGCAAACCAGUCAACCUCCACAACCACAACCCACACCGGCUCCUCAGACACAGCCUCCUCAGCAACCUCCGCCUACCACACAACCUCAGCAACAACCCGCGCAACCCAAACCACAACCCCCUCAAGUACAACCCGCUCCUAAUGCACAGCAAACUCAGCCGGCCAACCCGCCUGUGAAAACGACAGAACCGGAAGAAGAACCCCAGAUCAAGCAGCAACCGGAUGCUCCUCCUACCAUGAUGAUGUCCGACCUCGGAAAACAAGACGCUUUUGGAGGUCAGUGUAUCCUGCGAUUGAUCAUGUAUCAGGACCUUCUGGCAAAUCCAGAACGACCACAUGAUCUGGAAUAUUGGGAACACCUCAUCGGUCAAUUCUUUUCACCUUUCGGAUCAUUGAGGCAGCAGUUCUUUAGUAACAGGUCCGGAGGCGAUAAAUCGUUCCAGCUACAAUUCCCCUCGCUGGCGCGGUAUUACCACUCGUACUUUGCCGCUGGGGUAAGGCAGAUCCUUCUGCAAUCUUAUGAACACACCCAGACGAAGACGGCGAACGGCGGCGUUCACAUCACCAGCAGCAAUGCGAGUCUUACGUAUGUCUUUGACAACGACCUGCGAGUGACGACGUCCGGGCAGCUCCGCGUUCUGUUCAACGAUAUGCAAGUGAUCGAGCAUCUGAACAUCAGUUGCUCGGGAUGGCAAGAGUACAUUCCACGGAAUGCGCUCUUGCAGACUUCCUCACCCGAGAUGAAGCAGAGUCCCAAAAUCACCAACAAGAAUGUCAAACGGACGCAAGGCAAGGGUAAUGGGCCGAUCAUGGGCCCAGUGAUACCUAGUUCGGGGGUCGGAGAAUGGGGUGUACCGCAACACAUCUCUCAGUUCUUAGAGAUCGCCGAGGUCAUGACGGCCAUGGGUCCGCUCAUGGAGUACUACCACCAGCAUCCAGGCAUUUCGCCCAAAGACUCGUUACUCCGCGUCACGCAGGAAAAUGCGCAGAAUAUGGCACAGGCCAACAACGCGCGACUCAAUCAAAUGGCAAGAGCAGCCAACGGGCAGAUUGCGUUUCCCAAUCAAAUGAACCCCGGCAUGAAUGGUCCCAACAUGAUGAACUCGCCGGCGAUGGGACAUCUGAAUGUCCCUCAAGCCCAGGGCUCACCUAUGAUGGGAGGUCCUGUGCAUACGCCCAGUCCCGCACAAAACCCUGGUGUUGGGGGCGUGGCAAUGAUGCACCAGAUGAGCGCUCAAGGGUCGAAUCUUAGCGGCAGCCAAGGUCCCAGUACGAAUACAAGCCCCAAUGUUUCCAACAAGAGGCGCCGUGCUAGUGUUGUCAAGCUCGAAGAUGAAAAUGCCCAAGGCGAAUCGAAUGGAGCGAAUAAAGUCAAGGCGAGUCCGAAAGUGGGCGGCAAGAGGCAGAAGGGAUCCGCAUAG